AUGUCUCCAAUCGCAUCUCUGGAAAGCGCAUACAAGGCCGGCGACUACGAAAAGGUGGAGCAGCUGCUUCUGCCCCUUAAGGUGGACAUGGCCAAAAGCGGGCUUCUGACGUCGCCCAACUCGUCUGGUCAUUCAAAGGCGGACCUGGAGGCAGCUCGAACGGCGCUCGAGAUUGGCGCUCUGUCUGCCGUCAAUCUGGGCAAAGAGGCCGAAUUCACCAGGUUUGUGGCGCAAUCGCGGCAGUUUUAUGGCAUCCAGGGUCUUUCUGCGUCGCCCCACGAGUCCAAGAUUGUGGCGCUCUAUCUGCUGCUGCUGCUGUCGCAGAACGAAAUUGCGCAGUUCCACACCGAGCUGGAGUCGUUGGACUUUGACACGGUGGAAAACGACAAGUUUCUAUCGUUCCCCAUCAAGCUAGAGAGAUGGAUCAUGGAGGGAGCCUACGACCGGGUGUGGAAGGCCAUCACCAACAAGGACGCUGUUCCCAGCUCCGAGUUUCUCUGUUUCGCCGACCCUCUAGUAUUUGCCAUCCGGGGUGAAAUUGCUUUGUGCGCCGAAAAGGCAUACACCUCGCUGCCUCUCAACAAUGCUCGACAUUUGCUGUUUUUCGACUCGGACCAGGGCGUGGUGGACUUUGUGCAGGAGCAGCCUGGCUGGGAGAUCCACGGUGAGCGAAUCACCUUCCCGGGUGUUAUCAGCGAGGACGCCACUCUGAAUAGCAGAAAGGUGACCGAGAAAUUGAUUGGAAACUCGUUGGAGUACGCCAAGGAGAUGGAGCAGAUUAUCUAA